AGUAAUCUUUAUUCAGUCUAGUGAUAUCACUGCUAGUAACGCGCUGUGUUAUCAUUAAAUAAUUUAAAAGAUACACUGCACGAGUGUUAUGUUAAGGUCGUUUUAUAAAUUAAGUAACUUUGGACUUCCUGGAAAAAAUUCAGCAAGAAUGACUAGCAUACACAGUGCAUAUGUUGAUGAGGUCCAUGAUGUACCCAUGUCAGUAAUUAUACGACCUUUUAUACCAGAAUUGGAUGAAAAUAAAGUGCAAUCGUUGAUGGAUACAAUACAGAAAGAAGAAGCACAAGGCAUAGUUCCGCCCAUAGACGUGUUAUGGAUCACAGGAUCUCAAGGAGGCGACUAUUAUUACAGCUUCGGAGGCUGCCACAGAUACGCUGCUUACAAACGGCUGAACCGACCCACAAUACCUGCCAAAUUAAUUAGGUCCACUAUCAACGAUCUCCGUUCUUACUUGGGCAGCAGCACACCGGAAUUGAAAUGAGUUUUUAGAAUAUAAUUAAAAAUUAUUAUGAUAAAGCUAUUUUUAUAUUACAUUUUUUAUAUUAAGUAUGCAAAAAUAACCUUUUAUGUAGAGAAGUUAUUUAUGACUAAAAUUAAGUUCCGUCUGUAUUACCUUAUGUGUAUUAUGUAGGUACUUAAUCGAAAUAAAACACUUUAUAAUUUCCAA